GUCCUCUACAACGAGUUACUACAGCAUGCACAGGGAAAGAGCACUAGGUUAUUUUCGGCGGACUAUUGGACUCGAAUUCAGAAUGGUGUCCGGGACGAUGCAGUCUCAUGGAACAUGUCGGAAGAGGAAUUAGAGAAGAAGAAGGCGAUGUUUUUCGGUUACCUGCAGAUGAUGGCUGGAGCUGCAGGAACACAACCUGGUCAAGCAGGAGAACAGAACUCCAAUAGCACAAGCGGAGGCAGCCUCCAAAUGGCUCAAUCUAUACUUCAAAACAACGCAGCGGGAUCAACGACAACAUCAACUGUUCCCAAUCCGAAUGCUUUGAGGCCCUUGCUGGAACGAUUUCUAGGCGCGGCUCAAAGUUCGACUACAAGUGAAGGCGAGGCGACAUCAAAUGACUCUACUGCAACUACAACUGCUAAAGUAGAUAAAGACGCCCAACUACAAUCCCUGCUCGAAAAGUACCUAAAACGUCGCUCUUAUCCACUCGGCAUUCGACGACUCGCGGAACAAGACGACAAUGACGCUUCUCAUUUCGCCUACGGUUAUCCUGGUUUGUUCACCAAUGCCGCGUUUGCCUGUCCCGAGGACGAUUUGUCAGUGGCAGUUCUGGUAAAUCAGGUGGACUUUGAGGCUGCGGCAACGCAUGCGGUUUUGGAAAUAGUAUCGCAAGAGGAAGGAUUUCGCGGAGUGCGCUACGGCAUAUCCGCAACUGGAAAUCGAGUGGGCGGGAACUUGGGAAGUUGAGGAAAGCUGAGGAUUAAACUAAAACAUGAGCAUAUUAGGAGACGCCUACUUUAGCAUUAUCUAGCAACGAUUUGGAAUCUUCGAUAGCUAGAGGUAUCCUCGUGUGAAGUAGUUUUUAGCACGUUGAUUCAUCACUGGGUUCAAAAUACAACAACAGACUCCCAAGAUUGCAUCUUUCAUCUUGUUGAAGGUGUCUGUCUCGUGCUCUCCUAUACUACAAUUUGAAAUUUGAGAUUGAGACUAUGUUCAUUAAAACAGGACGAGUGCGGAUGAUGCUCCGCGGACAUCAUCUUAUCUAUAUUACAAUCUCAAUCUUCUCCAUCAAUUAAUAAUGCAUCUAAAAUUUCCAAGCUCAAGAGGUGUUUCCACGUGUUCAAGAAGCGCAAUAUGCGACGUGUACAAGUAUAUGAAGUCUGGUAUGUGAAUUGAGGUUUGCACUGUGGUUUGUAGAACUAGUCUUCUCCUCCGCCAAGACAACUUGCUGGAUGCAAUCCUUCGAACGCGGCUACCCUAAACCUUAAGGUCCAUAUCAAAAAACUUUCUCGCAUCCAUAUGAAAAAACUUUCCCUCAUUUAUUCGUCGCAUAAAUGACGGACAUGCAACCUGCGAGCAGUACUUGGACGUGAAUAUCAACAAUCCAAAUCAUCAGAGAAGAUCUGUUUCUUUACUGAGAACUAAC